AUGUCUCUCGACUCACUGUCAAGCUGCGUGAAGAAAUGCCUUCAAGAUGCGGCCAAGAGCGCCGGCUGCGACAUCAACGAUGUCAAAUGCAUCUGCACCAAGGACGUAUCGUCUACAGACGGGUCGACGCUGAUGAGCUGCAUCCUGAGUUCAUGCGCUACAGCUGAUGUAAUAGCUGCCGGCAGCGACCUCAUCAAAAUUUGCCAGCAAGCCACUGGCACCGUUUCCCCGACAGCCACCACCAAGUCUACCGCCCUCCCGUCAACGUCAGGCACCGGGCGCGCGACCAACGCGUCCUCUGCCACGGAUACUAGUGCUAAACCCGAUGCCACCGAUCCGUCGGGCUCGAGCACUACCCCGACCGCGAAUGCUGGAGCCACGGACUCCUCCAACACGGGCGGGCUGUCCACCGGGGCAAAGGCAGGGAUUGGCGUUGGCGCAGCACUCGUGGUGAUUCUGCUGAUACUUGGGGCAUAUUUUUUGGGGAGGAAGAAACGACAAAAAGCCAAUACUACUCCGGUCCCGGAUCAGCAGGACAGUCCCGAAAGCAAGACGGGCGCCCAGGUGCUAUCGAACGAGAAGACUAUCGGGGAACUGGAAGGGGAACGGUGGGUUGCUGAGCUUUCGGAACAUGGCACGCCUCAAUUUGUCGAGCUUGAGGCAGACAACCACUACAGCCGACGAAGACACUGAUCGAGAUAUGCGAUGACGGGUACCUGUAAUACUAGAGAACGGCAUUGUGUCUUCUAUUUAUCGGGCAAAUAUCCUGUAGGGUACACUUUGUAUACAGUGGGCAGUGCGAAAGGCUUGCAAUCCCACCAGUUUGGCACUAUAGUGAUGAAUCAAUAUCAAGA